UAGCUGGAGAUAUCUUAGAAUCCAAUCCAUUAGUCGAUUGCCAAACCAGAAUUUGCUUACAAACCACUUGAUUGCUGCUUCACCUUCCUCUCUCACUCCUCCCCCUCUCUCUCUCUCUACAUGGCUUCAUUUCUAAGUCUUAAGGAUUAUUUCUAAUUCAAUGUCCUCCACGACCACACACAUAUAUAUCUUUUUACAACCAUUCUGCAACUCUUGCUGUCACUGUUAACUCUGCAACGGUUCGAUUCAGUUCAGUUCAGUUCGAUCGUAAAUCUUCGAAUGAGGCGCAAUUUGUGCUGCGCGAAGCAGAAGCUUCGAAAGGGUCUGUGGUCGCCAGAAGAAGAUGAAAAACUCUACGAUUAUAUCAAAAGAUUCGGCGUCGGCUGCUGGAGUUCUGUCCCUAAAUUGGCAGGUUUGCAAAGGUGUGGAAAGAGUUGCAGAUUGAGAUGGAUAAAUUACCUAAGGCCUGAUCUCAAAAGAGGAAUGUUUUCUAAAGAAGAAGAGCAUUUGAUCUUUAGUCUUCAUGAGGCUCUUGGAAACAGAUGGGCGCAAAUUGCGACGCAUUUGCCGGGGAGAACGGACAACGAGAUCAAGAACUACUGGAACUCGUCCCUAAAAAAGAAGCUAAUAAAGCAAGGGAUCGAUCCGAACACACACAAGCCUAUUCCCGAGCAACGCGCAAUAGAGAUUUCAGAUCAUAAAGCAAAUUCACUACAAGAGGUUGUAGAGCAGCCAAAAGGGCUUCCAAUUUUGGCAAGUUCAGCAACAAUGGAGCAACAAGGAAUUCAGUCGAAUUUUUCAUCGUCGAAACAUGCCUUCGACACUCUUUUCUUACCCGACUUCCAAACAAACCUCAACCCUAACAAUGGCUUCCAACCGAAUUUCGAAAACUUACUGAGGCCGUUCGAUCAAAGCCAGAUCGACAGCGAUCCCAUCUCCGGAUUCAACUCAAUGCCGAACCUGACAAAUUUCGACCACCAGAGUAUUAUAGACACCGAGUAUUCUGACAACUCGGGUUCAAGAAUGAGCAACACCUCAAAUCUAGACAUUAUUCAACCAAACAACAACGCUCUCGAAAAUGCAUCGAGCGCAUUUUCUUGGGACAUCGAAACCAGGAUGGAUUCCCUGUUCCCGUUUCAAUUCAGCGCGCCCGAUCAAAAUUCAGGCAACUACGGUAACUUCCCGAUAUCAUCAAUGUCUCAAGAACUCAACGAAGUAUUCCAACAGAUAUAACAACAGUAACAACAACAAAAACAAAACUGUAUCCAUGUUUGAUUGUGCUUCUUCUCACACUAUCUUUACAUAAAACCAACCAAAACUACACAGACAUAAAGGGUUUUUAGUUAGCAAGGAUUAUUUUUGUGUCUUUUUUUUGUUCUUGGCUUUACAGAUUGUAUUGGAUUGAGGAUUGGUAAAAAAAACAAAAAAACAAAAAACAGAAAGUAAUGUAAGAUGUGUAUGUGUAUGUAUGAAUGUACAAAGGGGUGAAGAAGAUGUAUGUGUAUUGUGGUCCAUAUCUAUGAUUUGAAGAUAGGCAAAGGAUGACAUUAACAGAUAUAUAAAUUGGUAGUUGAUCUGCACAAGUCUCCUGUCAUUCAAGUAGGAACUACCACAAAACUUUUUAAAAUAUUUUCUUUGUGCUUUUAUUGAGGGGACAAUGUGGACUACACAUAAUGUGUCCUCUCAUCAUCUGUAUGGUUUCUUCUUUCUUGUAUGUAUAUAUAUGUGUAUGUAUCUUUAGAGUUUUUAAAUCUGCCCUGUUGUUACAACUAAAAUAUUUACAUAAGCUUUCCUAUGGUUUCCCCUAAAGAAACAUGUUCAUGUUCACUUAGGAAUAAAGCUAUGGCAGAAAACACUCGAAUUCGAAAGGGAAAGCAAAGCGAGGUAAAGAAAGUUA